ACACCCCUAACUCACCAUCACCACCAUAAAACAUUCUCUCUCUCUCUCUCUCUCUCUCUCCCCAAGAAGAUAAGCAGUGUCCAUGGCUGGCUUUGCAAGAGCUGUGUCUUCUUCUUCUUCUUCAUUGGUUGUUCUAUUGUUGGUCUUCUUGGCAAAUAGCAGCUUAUCAGAAGCCAGAGAGUUCUUGGUUGGAGGCAAGACUAACGCAUGGAAGACUCCUUCGUCUGAAUUUGAGUCUCUCAAUCUAUGGGCUCAAAACUCUCGCUUUCUUAUUGGCGAUUCUCUAGUGUGGAAUUAUGAUGGAAACAAAGAUUCGAUGGUAGAAGUGAGGAAGAGAGACUACAUUACCUGCAACACAUCGAGUCCAAUCAUAGAGCACAAGGAUGGUAACACCAAUGUCAAGCUCGAUCGGUCGGGACCAUUCUACUUCAUCAACAGAGAAGAGGGACACUGCGACAAGGGCCAAAAACUGAUUGUGGUGGUCAUGUCUGCUAAACUAAUAUGGAAAUUGAUUUGUGUUCUGUUUGAUAUUGUUUCACAGAUAAAUUUCAAGAGGUUUGUGGGAAGUUCAGGAAGGCUAUAG